AUGGUAUUUCAAGUUGGUGGCAAAGACGGUUGGGUGGUCAAACCUUUGGAAGAAUAUAAUCACUGGGCUCGAAGACACGUGUUUCAUGUCAAUGACAUUCUAUAUUUUAAAUAUAAGGAAGGGAAUGAUUCAGUUUUGGUUGUGAAGAAGGAGGAUUACUAUUCGUGUAACAUCACUAACCCCAUUCAUAAGAUGGACGAUGGAAAUUCAACUUUCCAUUUGAAUAAACUAAGUCUCUUUUUCUUCAUUAGUGACAACGUUAACAACUGCAAAAAUGGACAAAGGCUAAUCAUCACCGUCAUGUCCGCUUCUCCGGCACCAUCUCCAUCCAAAGUUUCGGACUCACCAAGGCUACUUCAAGGUUAA